GCUUUAUGGAAAAAUCUCUUUUGACUAUUUUCUUAUACUCUGGUGUAACCAAGUUUCCGAAAAUGUUAUUAAACCUCAAGAUUUGAUGCAGUGUGCGCCACAAGUGAGAAAAACCUCAUAAAACAAAGGAACUUUCAACAGCAAAAGUUAAACUUACACGCAUUGUUAAGCUGAAAAUAAUGUAUGCCACUAGAAACUGCAACAAAGACUUGUUAUUGUACAUUACAACGUUGUUAUACAACUUGUAAGAUAGCAACGACUUCUGCAUGCAUAAAUUGCCAAACAAUAUGUGUCAAUCUUGGAGAAGUCUUGUCAUAUAUAGAAGCACCAAGGAAAAGAACAACAACACGACAACGAACAUUGCCACAGCCAAGCAAAUGAACAAGAAUAUUAUGAUGACAACGGCUGCAGCAAAAACAAUGCCAAGAAAACAUGCUAACAGACAACAAUUACCGCAUUUAUGGUGGUGGUGGCUUAUCAUUGGCACAAACUUAUUAAGUUUGUGCAGUUUAGCGCAGGCAAUCAACAGUAAUGAUAGCAGAGGCAGCAACAACAAGGAAUCAACAAUGAAACCAAUAUUAAAAACUGCAGCUACCACUACAACCCUGGCAACUACAAUCAAUACCACAAAUGCAGUUGAUACGGAAAUACAUUUUGUAAAAACAAAAAUAACACAACAACUACACAAUGCUGGUGUAGCUGGUGAAAUAAAGGAAAUUGAAAAACAGCCAGUUGCUGGCAACAAAAGCCUCAAUACACUAAGCAACAAAAACACUACCAAUACUACUACUACUGCUGGUGCUUCCACUACUACCAUGCCCUGGAAUGAGUUGAGCGAAAAGUUAAUCUUAUGGCCCAAUGCAACCAUAGAAUGGUUAAAUCUAACGGAUGUCUUGAACAGCAACGAAUACACACGUACAAAAGCACCGGCCGAUCAAGCCGGCAGCGGAAGUGCAAGUGGUGGAAGUUCAUUUUCUGCAACAACUUUAUCGUUUAACCAUUCAGAUCGAAAUUUAUUCACAUUUCAUGAAGACUGUUUGGCCAACAGCAAUACUCUGGCACACAUCUGCACCAUUGUGCUGUACUCGGUUGUCUGUGUUGUAGGACUUUUUGGCAACACACUUGUCAUUUGGGUGGUAUUGCGAUUUUCCAAAAUGCAAACUGUUACCAAUAUCUACAUAUUAAAUCUGGCCAUAGCCGACGAGUGUUUUCUCAUUGGCAUACCCUUCCUGCUGUACACCAUGCGCAUUUGUAGCUGGAAGUUUGGUGAUUAUAUGUGCAAGGCCUACAUGGUCAGCACUUCGAUUACACAAUUUACCUCUUCAAUAUUUUUGCUAAUUAUGGCGGCCGACAGAUAUUUAGCGGUUUGUCAUCCCAUCGAAUCGCCCAAGUAUCGGACGCUGCGUAUAGCCAAAUUGGUUUCUGUGUUGGCCUGGUUUACUUCGGCCAUUUUAAUGUUGCCGGUAAUAUUGUUUGCCAGCACCGUCAUUCAAGAGGACGGCAUAAAUUAUUCAUGCAACAUCGAUUGGCCAGAGGUGUAUAAGAAACAUUCGGGCACCACCUUUAUACUCUAUACAUUCCUAUUGGGUUUUGCCACUCCUUUGUGUUUCAUCUUGGUCUUCUAUUAUUUGGUCAUACGCAAAUUGCAUUCGGUGCAGCAGAAACACACAUCGAAAGAAAAGAAACGUUCUCACCGCAAAGUCACACGGCUGGUGUUGACUGUCAUCACUGUUUAUAUUUUAUGUUGGCUGCCUCAUUGGAUUUCUCAGGUUUCGCUGAUUAGUGCCUUCGUGGGACAGCGUGAGCUAUCCAGAUUUGAAAUACUACUCUUUCUGCUGUUUGGCUGUCUGGCCUACUCAAACUCAGCCAUGAAUCCCAUAUUGUAUGCAUUUCUCAGUGACAAUUUCCGUAAAUCAUUCACCCGAGCCUUUACCUGCAUGAAGCAUCACGAAAUCGAGGCCCAAUUGAUUAACGAACACAGCGUUUUCACCCACAAACGUACGGGCAGUGGCAGCAAACGUAAAAACUCCAAACAUCUAACAGUGCCUGGUCGUGCUGCUAUGCUUAGUGAAAAUAACUGCUCCUUUUUGGCCCCAACCACGGUGCACAAUAGUGGUGUGGGUGGUGGUUCUUCGUCGGCUACAUCAACCUCUACGGCCACCACUGCUACGGACAAGUCUUCAAAUAUCACAAAAAAACCAAAUGAACAUUUGAAUGGUGAUGUGUUGGCGGUGUGUAGUAGUAGUAGUAGUACAACAAACAAAGAUGAGGAACGCAUACACAUGGUGGUGAGCCAUGACCAGCGGUCACAGGGUUUUAAAACGGAAUUGUGUCAUGUGGAAACACAAAAUCAAACGGAUGUUUAAAUGGCUACGAAAUAUGUGCUGAGUUGUGAAGAGCAUUUUUAUCACAAUUUUAUUUGCUAAUUGUGGUAAUGGAAGUUUUUGGGUAAAAUAUUUUUAAUGUUAAAGUUUUAGAUUAAGGGGGAAUUAAUUUCCAGUUCCU